CAUUCUCCUUCGCUCUUUCACUUUGUUUCUAAGCUUUCACUCUUCUCUUCUCUUUUCUCUUUGCUUCCACUCACACCCUUUCGCAAAUAUGCAUUAAUUGCAAUCUUGUCCUCACCAAAAUUUUCUUCUUUCUUUCUUUCUUAUUAAUUAUUUAAUGGGAAACUGCUUACACACGUCCGACAAGUUGACGGCGGAGAUUCUACCCCACGACGGCGCCGCCGUGUACCCCGCCGUCCGGUUACACGGGUCACCGAAGAGUGUUCUCGCUGUCUACACUCGCUUCGCGCUUCUUCACAACGCCGUUUCGUCGGACACAGUUUCUGCUGCCAGAACACCAUCGGCACCGCCGCGUGAGGCGGCGCGUGGUGGAGGAUCCAUGCCGGAGAUCCCGGUCACGCUUCGUUUGGGAUCUGGAGUCGCGUUGGGGUCCAGCGACGCGCUGCUUCGGUUUAUAGACUCGAAGUUCCCCGGACUGUCGGCGCCGGCGGAGAUCGCGCCGGCGGUGAUGGCGGCGGAGAGUGGCAGUGCGGGUGAGGAGGAAACGGGGUCGUUAGUGGAGAGGGUGACGAGGCUGCAGCAUAAGAGUAUGACGUGGCACGUGGAGAAGAUGGUGAGGUGGGCGGAGGAUCUGGCGACACGUGGCGGAAAGAAAGCCGUUGAUCCGAAGGUGGGGACUUGGAAGAUGGAGGUGGUGAAAUUUGGUAGGAGCUACUCUCAGUUGCUGGAAAUCAUGAUGGAACAUGCACAAAUGGAAGAGAGAGUCCUUUUUCCUAUUUUUGAUAGAGCUGAUCGAGGACUAUCUAAAGCUGCAAAGGAGGAACAUGCUAGAGACCUACCUCUCAUGAAUGGCAUCAAAGAAAUAAUCAAAUCCGUUGAGGUUUUAGACUCACGCAGCCCCAAUUACAGAGACACUUUGUACAACCUUUCUACUCGACUCAAAUCAUUGCAGGGACAAUGCGAACAACACUUCAUGGAAGAGGAUUUGGAAUUGCUUCCAAUAAUGGAGGCAGUGGGGUUGAGCAAAGAGCAAGAUGAGAGUGCACUAGAGCAAUGUUUUGUUGUGAUGCAAGUAACACAUGGCCGGUUGUUAAAGUUCUUUCUUGAAGGGCUCACACAUCAUGAUGCUAUGAAGUACUUGGACUUGAUCAGCAUGUGCAGGGAUAAAGAGAGAAUGGAAUCCAUGCUUCGGAUGGUAGUUGAGUGAGUGAGACAUCUUCAUGGGUCCUAUCCUAUCUUUAGCACAAACGGUGAAGAACUAUUAUGAACCUUUCAAUGUGAAUACAAAAGUUUCUACAUUGGGGACUCUUUUUUAAGUCAGUUUUCUAAGGGAAACACCCAGCACAUAUAUGGUCUUUCAUUAUUAUUUUCAUCUCAAGCCUAUGGUCAAGGGAAUAGAAAGCAGGGAUAGCAUUGACAAAGCAUGGCAUUUUCUUAAUUUUCUGUUUUCCCUUGAUUGUUUGAACAAGGUUGUUAUGAAUA